AUGGAUGACGAGAGCUCGGAGCAGAACAUGGUCGAUCUCUAUCGGUCCUUCGUCGGUGCCAACCAAAGCGAGGCCAACGUGGACUUCCUCCUCGGGCCCGGCACCUUCCAGUUCCGGCAAGCCGCGGCACAGGUCGCCGAUGAGUACCAGGUGCCCAUGCUCCUGUGGUCGCUGCCCGAUGAGUUGGCCGACGUCGGAACUUCAGAGCAGACUCCGCUGGAGUUGUUUCUGGAAGGGGGAGCCAGGAGCAGCCAGACGAACAGCGCUGCAGUCGAUUUCGGCCGAUACUUCCAAGCCUCCACCGCGUACAAUUGCGCCAACAACUUCUCCGCGCCAUCAGGCUACUACCUUCGUCGCGGAGCGGAGUUUCUGACUUGUGACGGCUACUGCGACGAGCAGCGCGACCUCGAUUUCUGCUGCAGGCCGGACGGUGGCCUGGUUGUUUCCGGCCAGUGGACUCCUUCCGAUGCAGUGGUGAGCACGGAUUGGGAAGACGGCUGCCUCAAGGGUGAGUCCAAUGGCAGCGUGUCGGUAUCCAUUUCCUUGACACUCUCCUUGGGCAGGUCGUCCCUCCCCGUGAGCAUCCUCUCCAUAUCGGAUGAGUUUCGUCAGCCGGACUUCAUCGUGCAAGGGCAUCGCAUCCCUGCGGAACUUGCUCAAGCUGACGUGCUUCCCGAUGGAGCCACAGUUACAUACAAUCAGAACUACCUUUCGCCAUCCAGCUGGAGUAUCUGCAUCCGGCAGAAUUGCACUGCCUUGACUUGCCCAGCGACGUACAGGCAGCGGGCGGGCGAGAACUAUUGCAUGGGGCAGCUCUGCAGCGCGGACAGCAAGGAAGACGUGGCAGCCUGCUGCGAGACGCAGGCAGAUGUCCGUUCGGACGUUCUCUUCAAGGUGCAGUGGUCCAGUGUUUUCGACUUGCUGCCACGGGCCGAGGUCUGGGCCCAGGACGUUCUGCAGCAGCUCGAAGUGCAGAUCCCUGCCGAUCCGGCCCCCGACGCUGACCUGGGCAACCGGCUCGCGUGCGUAGCGGAGUUCCUCCCUUCCUCCAACUACUACAGGGACCUAUGUAUCUCAUACAUGCAGUAUGCGCAGAAUACGCUCAAAUGGCAGACGAACAUCUCGCCCUUCGCGGUGCAAGUCGCCGAAGUGGGGAGGAUGCUGUCGCAAAUCUUCCUGAACCAGCCGAGGCCCACAGUGCUUCUCAUUUGUGGCUCUCUCAACUUCUAUGCAAGCAGCUUCUUCUUUAUGAAGAUGAAUCAGAUUGUGUUCCGCUCUGUUAUCUCCUGGGCGCCCUGGGAUAAGCAUUUGCUGGAUACAGUGGGUACAGGAGGGAGCUCCCUCAAGUACCGUUACCUGGAGCCCGUGCCGUGGCCCUCCACGACAGAGAUGAUCCGGACUGGCACUCGCAGCACUGAUCCGUUCACUGUGCUGGCUAGCUUGCAGGAGGACUACCAGACUGUUUCCAACAAGGAUUUGGCCCGCUACGGCAAUUUCCCUCCCCCGCUGCUCUUCCUGAUGUCGGCCUGGCAAGUCUUCGACGCCCUUGCUCUGAGCUUUGUAGCGUUUCGGAUUCAGAGCUUCGACCAGGAGCCCUUCGGGCGCAACACGAAGCUCAGGCUGCUUAGAGGCCGGAGGAAGCCCGAGCAGAGGGGCCUUGAGUUCAAGACGUUCUUGUCGCCCUCCUUGAGCUUCGAUUGGGGCGGCGAGCGGCUGGAGGUGCAGAGGGUAGACGUGUCGACCCAGCAGUUCGCCGCUGAUGAGGCUUCCACCGCGAUCGCUGGCGCCAGCCCAGCCACGACGUGGCAGGCGGCUAUGGCGCGUUACACCUACGGCGUGGUGCGACCCGCUGAUCAACUCCAAGGGAUUCUCUCCUUGGACACGUCGGCGGCGCUCGUCUACCCGUGCCCCAAGGGCUGCGUGGAGGAAGGAUCUAUAUGCGAGCCUUGUGCUCCUGGAUUCUUCCGUGCCGCCGACGGCAAUGCAUGCCAGAGGUGCCCUUUCGGCCACUACCAGGAUCAAUGGGCUGGCAGCCAGUGCUUCUUGUGCCCUGAGGGCGCCACCUGUGCGCCCAACGCGACGGAUGCGCCGGUGGCGAAUUAUGGUUGGUUCCUCGAGAACAGGGAGACUGCUCUUCCUGCGUCGGCCCUAGCCGCGCUCCGCGUACGCUUUUGUGAGAGGAACUUUGCGCUCUUCAACAGUGCGUCUGCCUGCUCGAUCCUUCCUGGUGGAGGGCUCUACACAUUCCCUACAUCUGACUUGAGCGGCUGGGAUGCCACCAAGCAGAUACCUUUUUGGAACCUUUAUCGCUGCAAGCCUGCGGAGAUCUGCCUGGGGGGCAACAUCUGCGCCGAGGGCCACCAAGGUGAGCACUGCGCCAGCUGCAAAGCAGGAUACAGCCGCUACCUGCGCUUCACCCAGGUUUGUGAGGUCUGCCCCGACCUCCUGAAUCAGUGUGCCAUUUGCGCUGGCGUUGUUGCUCUGCAGCUCUUCAUGGCUGCAUGGCUGUCCAGGGCCACGCUUAGUUCUGCGGCGGAAUCGAGCUGCCUGCAGGCACCUCUGGCACUGACGCUCUUGCAGAGCCUGCAGAUCUACUCGCUGCUCCUCCGAACAGUGAUCAAGUCCUUCAACCUGUCCUGGGCGACGAUGAUUCCGGUCGCGGAUAUCCUAAUGACGCCCUUCCUGCUUCCUUUGAUGAGCUGCCUUCAAACGGCGGAGAGUGUCGAGGGCGUGCAGUUGCACCUCCUCUCGAUCGUCCUCUCGGCGGGUUUUGGCUACUUCCUUGUCGGGCUGCGAUUCCUGGUGCGGAUUCGCCAUCGCAACGUGGUGAACGAUUUCCUGCGGCAUGUUCUGGCGCUGAACGUGGUCACGCUGCCCUACUGCAUCUACUGGGCGGUUCACUACACGACCUUCUGCUCUGUCAGGGAGGUUGUGGAAUCGGGUCCUGCAGCUUGCUUGCGUGCCUCUGGCCCGUCCUAUGCCCUGGCAACGGUUUGGUUUGCUGUUCACUGCGCUUCAGCCCCGCUACUACCUGUGGUUCGCCUUGGAAGGGUCGACGCUCUUCGUCUUGGCCGGCGCCGUCCCAGUGAUCGAUACCGUCUCUGGCAUCAUCCUGAAGCAGCGCGUCUCCUCCUGUGUGAUCUUCGCAGCAACCAUUUGUGCUUUGGGCAGCAUCUUCGAGCAGUGGCUGGAAGCUGUCCUGCAGGCGGGGACUGUGGGGCUGGCGAUCCUGGAUGCGUCCUACACCCGAAAUCAGUUGGAUGA